AUGGGCAGCAAAAGAAAGCGUGGAGCUAAGGAAAGCUCCAACAGCGCGCAAAACCCCCUCAAACGUGCAAAGCCCGAAGACGCUCCUGCGAAAGCCGGGAAGAAGACCCCCAAGACCAAGACGAAGCAGACAUGGGAGAAAUCUCUUUUUGUCGAGUCGCCAAUUGGCGAUGAGCGCAAGCGAGAAGCUGGCCUCUACGACCUUCUAGGUAGCGAAGACGAUAACGAUCGAAUCGAAGCUGCCGAUUGCAUUAUUUCUAGCCUUCUAGGCGAGGAGGGUGUCCCCGAGGCCGUUCUGCAACGACACCUGGAUCGUCGUCUUUUCCGCGGACUUUCAAGCGGUCGCAAUGCCUCGCGCCUUGGUUUCAGUCUGGUGCUUACAGAACUACUUGGUCAGAUGUUUGGAGAGAAGAACCUCGCCGAAUCCAAAUACCCAAACCUCACCUUCGAUAAGGUUCUCGAGAUCUUGAUAGAAAAGGUCCAGACCAUCGGCAAUAUCCCCGGACAGGAAGAAAGAGAUCAUUUCUUUGGCCAGCUCUUCGGCAUUGAGUCCUUUGUUAGUGCCGGAAUCCUCUUCAACGAUAUCUCGAGGUGGAACACAAUCUUGGAUCUUCUUCUGCAGCUUGCGAGCAGGAAGGUCUGGCUUCGUUCACAAUGCGGAUGGCUCAUUGUCCAAUCCAUCCAGCAGAUGAACAAGAAGCAGGCCGAGGCCACACUCGAGAAGAUUUCCAAAGCCAAUCUGGCCAAGACCCCCGAAGGCGUCGCCAUUUGGCUUGUUGCCCUUAGCCGUUUCUCCGACCUCAAGGUCAAGCCUUGGCGCGAUCCUCUCUCAAAGAAGUCAUUCGGUGACCUUGCCGCAGUUCUGCGAGAAAGUUUCCAGGACUUCUCCAAGGACCAGCCUGAGCGUGCCCAGAAGACCAAGCAAGCGAGCUGGACUGGCCAAUUGCACUACGUAUGGGAUCUCCUCCUAGCACAUUAUGUCAAAGCAGGAGAAGCUGGAGCUGCCGAGUUUGAACAGUUCUGGGCUCGUGUUGUGGAUGACUCCCUUUUUGCCAAAAGCGCCACCGAAGGCCAGAAGUUCAAGGGUUUCAUGGUGUUCCAAAAGAUGCUUGAGGGACUCGCCCACGUCCCUGCCUGCAUCGAGGGCCUCUUUAGCAAGAACCUUACUCUCUGCCUCAUGAACCAAGCCGCGAAGGAGGACAGAUACUUGCACCGAGCAGCGACCAAGGCCCUCAAGGCAAUUGAGUCAACGACUUCAGCCCAUCCUUCGACACUCGUACCCAUCCUGAAGAGUCUGUUAGGCGAGAACGGUGCUUACAACUUCGACCAACGAACAAACACCAAGACUAUCGACAGGAUCCUCCAGAACAUAUCUGAAGAGACCGGCGAAGAGGCGAUCAAAAUCAUUCAAAAACCGCUUGCUACCCUUGGUCAGCAGGAGACUGCAAAGGCCACAUCCACACUCCGAGUCUAUAUCGAUUAUCUUGCCAAAACCCUCAAUGCUUCGGCCUCAUCUACCCCCGGAAAGAUCCAACAAAACGUUUUCUCAGUUGCUCUACAAAAACUAUCUCAACUGGCAUAUUCCAAACCUAAGAACAUUCCCGCAGAUGCGCUAACGGAGGGCGUUCGAGAACUUUGCCGAACUCGUCUCGAAUCAUCCUUCGCCAAGGUCAGCCGAAGAAGCGAGGACUAUGGUACACUGUGUCUUGCAGUGUCCUCUAUCGACCCUGAUACGGUGGCUAUGUCUGAAGAGAUCAAGAAUGCUGUUGAAGAAGCUCUUUCAAGGAUGAAGAAGCUGCUCAAGCGCAAGGCGACGGACGAUAACGAGAAGAAUCUCUUCAAGAGCCUCGCUAUGCUGCACGCCGUGUCCGUGUUCCAGCUCUAUAACGAGGAUCCGGAUGCCAUGGAGGUUCUUAACGACCUUGCGCAAUACUCUGACCGCCUCAAGAAGGGCAAGUCUGCAGAGAGCGAGGCUGGCACAUCGGAGCUCCUGGUCGAGAUUCUGCUAUCGAUGGUUGCCCGACCUUCGUCUCUCAUGCGCCAGGCUUCUCAACAAGUAUUCGAUGCCUUCACUCCCCAGAUCUCAGCUGGAGGUCUGGAACUCCUGACUGGCCCGCUCUCGUCUGGUGAGAGCGCCAAGGGUCAGCAGGAGCUGUUUAGUACUGGAGAGGAUGAGAUGGAAAUCGAUGACGACGAGGAGGACGAAGAAGGAACAGAUGCCGAUGAAGAGGAUAACUCAGAUAUUGAGAUUGACUCCGAUGUUGAGUUUAUUGAUAUCAAAGAGGCAAACGAUGAAAGCGGAGAGGACGAUGACGAUGAUGAUGAUGAGGAGGAUGAAAAGGAGGGUACAUUCGACAAGCCCGAAGAACUGGACGAUGCCCUUGAGAAGCUUCUCAACACCCACCGUCUAGACAAGGACGCUGCUGCCGAGUCAUCAGAAUCGGAGGGCGAUAUGUCCGACUCUGAGAUGUUCGCCAUCGACGAGCAGCUCGCCGCGGCCAUAAAGCCUCGCAUCCAGGACCGCACCAAUGAUGCCAAGAAGCAGAAGAAGGACGCCAAGCAGUCUGUUGUCAACUUCAAGCACCGCAUUCUUGACCUCAUCGACAUCUAUGUCCGCAACGAGACUCUCAAACCCCUAACUUUCGCUACUCUCCUUCCCCUUUUGAAUCUUAUGCGCACAACUACCACAAAGGCCCUCGUUGACCGCGCAUGCGACAUCAUCCUCAAGUACCAAAGAGCCCUGAGAAAGGCACGCAGCAAUCGUCAGGAAAUCCAGACCCCUGAGGCGGAGGACCUGCUGAUCCUGCUGGCGGAGAUCCACGAUGCCGCUGCUCAGGACAACGCGCACACUUAUGCAAAGGCGGCCAGUGCGGCCAGUCUUAUUGUCGUAUCGGCCCUCAUUGUUGCGGACGAGACCAAGAUCGAGGAGGCAAUCUUCGUAUAUGCCAAGACGCGAUUGGACUACGUGCAGGGCAAGGCCAAACUGCAGUCGUCCUUCUUUGUUGACUGGAACAACUGGUGCCAGAACCUAGCCUCGCAAACAAAAUCCUGA